AUGUCUGCCAUCACGAGCACCGUUGCCAAUGCGAAUGUGAACAGUGGGCGCCUGCUCUACGCUGGCUAUCCCUUGAUCAGUGACCCGACCUACCCACUACCGAGCACCACUACGAGCCAGAAUGCUCUGACCCCGACGAUCUCAUCAUCCAUUGUGCCUGCGUCAUCUGUGGCAAAUUCGGCGACCACCACAACCUCAUAUGUUCCCACUACUUGUCCAGCCGCUCCAACAGAUGCAUCGACAAUCUGUCCAGGCAAUUCCCCUCUAUGCUACCAGUACGAUUACCUGGGUAACUCAGCCAACUACGAGAUUGAAUGCUCUACCCAAUUUACAGGGUCGACGUCGCAAGCUCUGCUGAUAUUUGAUCUGAAUGACUGCGUCAAUCAAUGUCAGUAUGCGAAUGUUCUCCGAGCCAACAGUUGCCUGGGCGUGACUUUCAUGGUAACCCCAGUUGGUCAAGGGACGACCAACAACUGCUACCUAUAUUCUUCCAUUACCUGUGGCACACGCGGCAACGCUACAUUCAAUAGCGCCCGGUUGCUCUACGCUGGCUACCCUCUGAUCACCGAUUAUACUGACCCGAGCUUCUUGUGUGGCAGCUCCGCAACUUCAUCAUCAACGACGGUCUCAACUUCAGCAGUCCAAGCAACGUCCAACCCGGUCACAACACAGUCAUCGACAACCACCACUCGGGCUCAAGCCGCUGCGACCACUUCAGCGAGCCCGGUCAACGAUCUUUCGCAGAUGGCGUCAGCUAACUUCCCGCUGGCUUACCCUCAAGAUCCAGUCUGCGACAACAAUCUUCGUUCGAAGUAUUAUGGUGGCCAAUUACAGGUGAAUCCGGCACAGGGGCGUAUUUAUGAUAUCGAGUGCGCAUCUGACUACACGAACCCCGGCAACAAUCCCUUCGGCGCAACCACUCAAGCUACCUACAACAGCUGUGCCAACCAAUGCGACGUUGCCGCCGCGCAAAGCUCCACCUGCGCCGCCUUUUCCUGGUCCGCCUCAUCUGGCCUCUGCACUCUCUUUGGCCGUGUCAGCAACGGUCUUUCACUCACCACCAACAUGACCCAGACCAACGGCGUGCACUCGGGCCGCUGGCUCACUCCUAACGGCAGCCCCACCACUUCACAGCCUUUGCAACUGUACCUCGCUCGACCAGUGCCCUUCCAAGUGGGUCCCAUAACCUCAGGCUCAGCGCGCGACUAUCCCGGUGGUACAAAUACAUACUUCAACUACUGGAGCGACACCAACCACGCCACGUUGCUGGACCUGUCGAGCGUCCUACCAGGCUACGCAUGGCGCAUCUUCGGUCAAUCGACCACCACGCUGUGGGUGACGGCAAAUUUCUGGUUCACAAACACAAAUCUCGCAGUCACGGCGUCCACGCAGAACACCUGGUCCGCGCUGUCUCGCAACAGUGACUCGUCUCCUCUGUCCUUCCCGGCCGGCAAUCUUCCGGGCUACACGUUGGCCCCGUUCUGGUCGUACGGCCACAUCAUCGGCGCCUCCCAACAGGGCAUAUACUACCAAAUCGACCAGAUCUCCGCGGGCCGCUACGGAAUCAGCAUCGAGUGGUUUUUCUCCCACUACGGCCAAGACAACAACGUCUUCCACGCGGUAAUGACAUACGACACCAACUCUCCCGGCGUAUGGACAACCUACUUCUUCAGCGCGGGGGCUUCCUCUGGGGCUUUUGAAGACGAAGGCCUGAGACAGACAGUUGGUGGGCAAGGCGAUCCGAGCAGUCAGAGCCAGUAUUUCACCUACUGCGCGGGCGUCCAGGACUGUGUGUUGCCUGGAUCCAAGAUGGUGAUGGACACCACCCAGCUUAACAUGGGUGCGGUGAUGAAUUACACGGCCGGGCUGUUCAACCCCGCGACUUACCCAGUAGGCACGUGGACUUGGAACACGAAGCCGUCCGGUUGA